GCAUUGCAUAAAAUGCGGGGGAAUUGGAGAUCAUAACUGCUUUUUCUUAUUCAGCUUGUUCUAAAUCUUGUUCACCGGCUUCAAUAGUCCCUUUUAUCGUUCCAUUGUUAGUGACGAAUUAAUAUCAGUUCACACCACCUUCGUAAAGGUAACGACUUGCUUCGACAUCGCGUACCUUUCGAUACACAUAUGUACCUAACCUAACCUAGGUAUGAUGUAAGUUAGAAUAUCAUAAUGAAGAUACUCGAUUCUAUAAUCCAAUGGCUUCCACCUAUCGGGAGUGGAAUGACAUACACUACUACCACCGAACAAUCCGCCGACAUGCUCGGCUUGGAUCCAUUUAUUUUGUCAUUUAUAGUCCGACUUGAUUCCUGGUAUGAACAAUUAAGCAUCACUUCUCGUUUACUUUUAUUCUCCAGUCUCGUUUCAUCCUUCCUCAUUACAUGGAACUGGUGUUCUGGAAGAUUGAAUAAGGGCACAAUGGUUCGACAUAUCGUGCUGCUCGCAGCAACUCUGCUGUCGUUGUCGAGUCUCGUCCCAGCGCGGCAGAUAUCUACGAGAGACGACGCUGAUGAGGAUCCAGACGUUGGUCUGCCCAUUAUCCCCAAUAUUAUUGAUCCACAAGCCAUCAACGCCCAAACUGCCUGUCCGGGUUACGUAGCUUCUAAUGUCAAGAACACGAGCAAUGGCUUUACGGCAGACCUCACAUUAGCUGGAGAAGCUUGUAAUGUUUACGGCACCGAUAUCGAAGCUCUGAGCUUGACAGUUGAGUAUCAAGCGGCGGAUCGACUGCACGUCGAGAUACUACCCCGCUACAUCGGCACUGAGAAUUAUACAUGGUUCAUUCUCCCGGAGGAAUUGAUCCCCAAGCCUCAAACCGAAGAAGGCUUUGACUCUUCGGAAAGUGAUCUCCAUUUCACUUGGAGUAAUGAGCCGACAUUCUCAUUCAAGAUUACUAGAAGAAGCACCAAUGAUGUUUUGUUUACCACCGAAGGCUGUCGAUUAGUUUACGAGGACCAGUUCAUCGAAUUCGCCUCGGCUUUACCUGAUAACUACAACUUGUACGGCCUUGGCGAGGUCAUUCAUGGCUUUAGACUUGGAAACAACCUUACUCGGACACUUUUUGCAGCUGAUGUGGGUGAUAACAUUGAUGCAAACAUCUACGGAAGUCAUCCUAUCUAUCUUGACACUCGCUACUUCGAGGUUAAUAAGGAUACGGGGGACUUGAAAUACGCCCCUGAUGCCACGGACAAAUCAGCUCAGUACAAGUCUUACACGCACGGUGUUUUCCAGCGUAACGCUCAUAUCCAAGAAGUUCUGUUGCGAGAAACCAAUAUUACCUGGAGAGCGCUCGGCGGUCAGAUCGACCUCUACUUCUACGAAGGUCCUACUCAGGAUAAAGUGACUAAGUCAUACCAGAAGAGUGCCAUCGGGUUACCCGCCAUGCAGCAGUACUGGACUUUUGGAUACCACCAAUGCAGAUGGGGCUACAAUAACUGGACCGUCCUUCAAGAUGUCCUUGACAACUUUGCCAAAUCUGAAAUUCCUCUUGAGACAAUAUGGAACGAUAUCGACUACAUGAAUGCGGCCCGAAACUUUGAGAACGAUCUUGAUCGGUAUAGCUAUGAAGAAGGAGCCGAAUUCUUAUCACGUCUGCAUGAAAAUGGUCAACAUUACAUGCUUAUUAUCGACUCUGCUAUUUACGCUCCCGACCUCACGAAUGCAAGCGAUUCAUAUCCCCCUUUCAAUCGGGGUAUCGAGGAAGAUGCUUUCCUGCUAAAUCCCGAUGGGUCGAUAUACGUCGGAAAAGUUUGGCCAGGCUACACAGUUUACCCUGACUGGGUUGGUCCUCUAUUCAACGGUACUGGCGCCAACCGAUGGUGGAUAUCCGAGGUUACCGAGUACCACAGCAAGAUCAAUUUCGACGCUAUCUGGAUCGAUAUGUCAGAAGUAGCAUCGUUCUGCGUGGGGAGCUGCGGUAGCGAUAACCGUAACUACAACUUUUCAAGCCAGUCCAGGAGUGAAAUCAGGCAACUUCCAGAGAGUGUCGAUUCGAGUAAGGCUGCCAGUGCGGUUGUUGCUGUGCGGGAAGAUCCUACUCCGACUUCGUAUUACCGUAGCACACCCACUCCAGGUGUUCGGAACGUCAACUGGCCCCCAUACGCUGUCAACCACUUCCGCGGCGACCUGGCCGUCCAUGCUCUCAGCCCCAACGCUACACAUCAUGGUGGGAUCAUAGAGUAUGACGUCCAUAACUUGUAUGGACAUCAGAUCUUAAACGCUACCUACCACGCCCUUUUGAAUGUCUUCCCUGAGAAGCGACCGUUCAUUAUUGGACGAUCUCAGUUUGCCGGUUCCGGAAAAUGGGCUGGCCACUGGGGUGGCGACAACUAUUCUCUCUGGGCGUUCCUCUUCUUCUCCAUCCCGCAGGGUCUUUCUUACUCGCUCUUCGGCAUGCCUAUGUUUGGCGUUGACACCUGCGGGUUUGCCGAGGAUGCUGAAGAGGAGUUGUGCUCUCGCUGGAUGCAAUUAUCCGCCUUCUUCCCUUUUUACCGCAAUCACAACACGCGUGGGGCUGCUAGCCAAGAGCCUUACAUCUGGCCUUCUGUGGCCGAAGCUUCAAAGGUAGCGAUGAAGAUUCGAUACGCGUUGCUGCCGUACUUAUACACGACUUUCUAUCUUAGCCAUUCUACCGGCUCCACGACUCUACGUGCCCUAGCUUGGGAAUUCCCGGAUGAGCCGUGGCUGGCCGCCGCCGAUAGGCAGUUCCUCCUCGGCGACUCGGUGCUAGUUACUCCUUGCUUGGUUCAGGGCGCUACGACUGUCGAUGGAGUUUUCCCUGGCGUGGGAUCGGGUACCGUCUGGUACGAUUGGUAUAACAAAACGGCAAUUACCGGAGUUGCGCCCGGACAGAACGUCACCAUCGAUGCGCCGCUGGGCCAUAUCCCGGUCUACGUGCGAGGUGGGAAGGUCAUACCGCUGAAAGAGCCUGGUCUAACUACCGCAGCCGUCCGCGCGAGUCCCUGGAGUCUCCUUGUUGCGCUUGACGCCGACGGACAUGCCAGUGGAGGGUUGUACAUCGAUGAUGGAGAGAGUCUUGCGCCAAAUGCUACUACAUGGGUUGAUUUCACCGUUGAGGGCUCGUCGCUGAAAGCCACGCCUCGCGGAAAUUUCGAAGACAAGAAUGCACUAGGCAAUGUAACGAUCUUAGGGACUCAAGGUCCCGUGUCUAAGUUGGAGUUCAACGGAAAAGAAAUCUCUGCCGAUGUGUGGACUUUGCAGGAAUCUAGUAAUGUUUUGACGGUCACUGGUCUGGAUUCGUUAACUACAGACGGUGCUUGGUCCGGUGAAUGGACCUUGAGUUGGUCUUGAAUAUGAUGAUGGUAGUCUGUUAUUUAGUUAUCGUCGUAAAAUAACAUCAUGUUAUUAUGAUUAAUAUGCCAUAUAGUCGUCAUGUUCAAUACAUCUACAUCAUCUCAU